AUGGAGAAGAACGGGGAUACACGAGACGAACUUAUCGAACGGAAGUGUAGCGGUCAGAAUCCGAGUUCACUAACGUCGACUCUGAUUCGCUUUGCUUACCAAAUCAGCCGUGGAAUGGAAUUUCUGCAUAGUAGAGCCAUUCUGCAUCGUGAUCUGGCGGCUCGCAAUGUAUUGCUUUUUGAUACUAAUGUCGUGAAAAUAUCUCAUUUUGGAAUGGCCCAGCGAGGACCUAUGUAUACUUGCCAUUUGCAGGGGCCGCUGCCGGUGCGAUGGAUGCCUCCGGAAGCCAUCGAAAACAGGUUAUUCACUCAGCCAUCGGACGUAUGGUCAUUUGGCGUAGUAUUGUGGGAAAUGUUUACCAUGGGUGCUACACCCUACGCCGCCACCCACUGCAUCCAAAAGCAGUCUGUUGGCGACUUCCUGGCCGGGCUAAAGAACGGUCUCCGCCUGGACAAACCAAUGACAUGUCCAGAGUUUAUAUACCACCUCAUGCAGCAGUGUUGGCAGCUGUCACCUGAAGAUCGUCCAAAUUUUGCCGUGCUCUCCGAACAGUUUAAAAUCAUCUUAGACAGCGAGACGGAGGAUACUUAUCUGCGGUUAAACAAUAGCUACGCCCAGUUUAACGAUAUUCAUCGUGAUAUUUUGAAGAACGCUUUUGAAGUACACGUUAAUCGUUAAUAUGUAUAUCCCGUGAAUCUAAGUGUGGUCGGCAGCUUCCCUACGUAGUGCCAGUAAAUUGUUAC